AUGCAUACCUCAAGCACGCUCUCCCGUACUGAGACUUGGCGUCUACUAUGUCUCGUUGGGGCCGGUUUAGCGAUCCUUAACACCACAUUCCAAGGCGAUGGGGCCCCUCUGGUCGCUUCAAUUGCGCUAUGUGGCAUAGUGUUUGCGGUGGCGUUUAGUUUGAUUCGAUGGCUUGGGCCUGUGUUCAUGAAGGCAGGGCUAAAAGGCAAAGAUAUGGCAAAGCCUAGCCGGCCCGAGAUACCUGAAACCAUGGGAGCGGUAUGCGCCGUGGUGUAUCUGAUGUCGCUCAUCAUGUUUAUCCCAUUUGCCUUCUACAAGGAUAUCGUGGCAGCCACAUCCGGUGGUGGAAACCGUGACGUUGUGAUCGAGUCACAACAUAUUGAGAAUGGCCGAUUUCUCCACCGAUUUCCGCAUGGCAAGCUGGCCUCUUAUCUUUCUGGUCUUUUAUCUUUGCAAUCCGUCGCAAUUCUCGGGAUUGGUGAUGAUCUAUUCGAUAUUCGCUGGAGACACAAAGUCUUAAUACCUGCGUUCUCCGCAAUCCCUAUGCUCAUUGUUUACUUUGUGGACUUCGGCGUUACCCACGUGGUCGUCCCGGUGCCACUUCAGCCCUUUUUGGGUGACAUCGUUGACCUUGGAUGGCUGUAUUAUAUCUACAUGGCAGCGGUGGCUAUCUUUUGUCCUAACGCCAUCAAUAUGUUGGCAGGCAUCAACGGAAUCGAGGUUGCUCAGUCACUGGUGAUUGCGUUUCAAUUGCUAUUCAAUGAUGCAUUGUACCUCGCACCUAUCUCGCCAUACCCACACCCUGCCACCGACUCACAUUUGUUGUCGAUCUACUUCCUACUUCCAUUUAUCGGCGUGUCGACAGCUCUUCUGUACCAUAAUUGGUAUCCCUCAAAGGUGUUUGUGGGCGAUACCUACUGCUAUUUUGCAGGAAUGGUGUUUGCCGUGGUUGGCAUUCUGGGACAUUUCAGCAAAACUCUGCUCCUACUGUUCAUUCCACAGAUCUUCAACUUCUUGUACUCGACCCCACAGCUCUUCAAACUCAUUCCUUGCCCCCGCCACCGAUUGCCAAAAUUCAGCGCCUCUACUGGGUUGUUAGAUGCCUCGGUCACAGAGUGGACGAGUCCCCCGCCGCCUUUGAUUGAUACCGCGCUACGACUGUUACACCUACUGAGACUAGUGCGCAUUACUACGGAUGAGAAUGAUCAGAUAACAGAAUCGAGUAAUCUCACCAUUCUGAACCUCUGGUUAGUUUGGAUGGGUCCAAUGCGAGAAAACCAACUGGCGUGGCACAUGGUCGCAGUCCAGAUUGUUUGUGGGAUGAUUGGUCUAUUUGUUCGACACCGUCUUGCACUGCUUGUGUUCCACCACGACAAUAGGGAAUUUGGUUUCAUUGCAUAG